AAUCAAAGUUUGUUCCAGACAAGGUUCCAUUCGAAUCAACAAAAGCAAUAUCGUUGAGUGGACAUCAAUCGAUGAACAACAUGAUGAUGAAAAAACACCAUUAAUGGAACAAUCAAUGGAUAAUGAAAAAUCUAUUCGUUAUGCUGAUAUUAAUUGUAAUGAAACAGCAGUAAAACCAAGUGAUAGUAGCUGGAAAGUUGGCGUAUUUUUAUUGGUCAAUACAGCAUUAGGUGCUGGUAUUUUAAAUUAUCCAGCCGCAUAUGAUCGUUUGGGUGGUAUAGUUAUAUCGACUAUUUUACAAUUUUGUAUCGUAAUAUUAUUGGCAUCAACAAUGUUGGCAUUAAUGUGGUGUGCUGAUCUACAUAAAGAUACUACAUAUCAUGAUGUUUUACGUUCGAUGGGUGGAAAACGUGCACAACAAUUAGCCGCUACAUCUAUUAUGUCAACUUGUUUUGGUGUUGAUGUUACAUUUUUGAUUAUUAUUGGUGAUCAAUUUGAUAGAUUAUUCUAUACAUUUAUUGGACAUGAUUUUUGUCAAACAUUUUGGCUAUCACGUACAUUUACGAUAAUCAUAACGGCAGUUGUAUUUAUAUGGCCAAUUUGUUAUUUUAAACGUUUAGAUUUUCUUCGUUAUUUAUGUAUGUUGGGCAUUUUUGCCAUGAUCUAUGUUGUUUUUCUAAAUAUUUAUGAAUAUUAUGCAUUGGAUGUUGUUCCCGGUCAGAUAAAAACUAGUCCUACAAGUGUAAUAGCUGCAUUUGCAUCAUUACCAGUCAUUUGUUUCGCUUAUCAAACACAUGAAAUUGUUUUGCCUGUUUAUUCAAGCCUAGCUAAACCACGAUCAACAAAUUUUAUAAAAUCAACAAUAUUUUCAUUAGUUUUAUUAUUGGUUAUUUAUAAUUUGGGUGGUUCAUAUGGUUAUAUUACAUUUGGUGAUAAAGUUAAAGCCGAUAUUAUACAAAUGUAUGAUGCAAGAGAUCCGGUUGUUACUACAGGUAUCGUUGCAUUGAUCAUCAAAAUGGUUAGCACAUAUGUUCCGAUUAUGUUUUGCGGUCGUGGUGCAUUGGAUGGUCUUUAUGCUGAAUGGUUUCGUUUAACAACUGAACAAUAUAUAAAAGGUGAACGUAUGCGUCGUAUAACGAUAACAACAUUAUGGAAUCUUUUUGUAUUAAUAUUGGCUGUUAUAACACCAAAUAUUACUAUUGCUAUUGAAACAUUAGGUUCAUUAGCAGCAUGUAAUGUAUUCGUAUUCCCGGGUAUAUGUAUGGUUUCAUUAGCCAGUCGUCAUUUAAAUGGUUAUUAUGCAAAAAUGAAUAAUGAAAGACGUUUAUUAAAAAGUAUAGAAGGUACACGUCGUUGGCAUUUAAUAUGGAAUUUUUCCUAUUUUUAUGGUAUAUUUAUCAUAUUAUUCGGUAUAGCAAUGUUUAUAUUAGUUUUUGUACAAGUUGGUAUUGAUUUAUCUACAGUUACUAUUGUUGGCCCUGAAAAAGAAUUUAGCUGUCUUUAGAAAUCAGUUUUUCAGAUUUUCAUCACUUGUUUUUCACAUAUCACACAUUUACAAACAAAAUAUCGAUCAACAACAUCAUUAUCAUCAACAUUUGAUUUUUUUUUUGUUUUCAAAAACAA